AUGACCACUCUCUUCACCGUACCGAUCAGCUCCACUGGAGGCUCGAUCGUCUGCACAAACCCUAGCACAGCGAAAGAGCACGAGACUAUCUAUGUGCUCACUUUUAUUUCACCCCCGGACAACCGACUGACACCCAUUUUUAUUGAUGCUAUGCUACUCGCCCUGGACAUUAUUGAGCACCGUUACCCCAAGGGCGUCGUAGUCACUACUAGCGGAAUUGCCAAGUUCUACAGCAAUGGGCUUGAUCUCGAUCUUGUCGCGAAAACCGAAGGGUUCCUUGAGAACUGGUUGUGGCGAUUAUUCCGACGCUUUUUGUCAUACCCCAUGCCAACCGUGUGUCUACUAAAUGGACACGCUUUCGCUGGCGGCUUCAUGUUGGCCAUGUAUCAUGACUACAGAAUCAUGAACCCAGACCGUGGUUUCCUGUGUGUCAACGAGCUAGAAUUCGGCGUCCCGCUUCAGACGCCCAUGAUGUCCAUCUUCCGCGAGAAGCUGACGCCAGUCACUUUCCGAAAUGUCAUUCUAGAGGCUCAUCGCUUUGGUGGACGCAAUGCCCUCGAGGCUGGUAUCGUUGAUGCCGUUGGUGGGGCCGAGGAAGCGCUUGCGCUGAUCCAGACACGCAAGCUCCAGACUAAAGCCGCGACUGGUAUCUACGGUACUAUGAAAGAGGAGAUGUACUCCCGUGUCUUGAACGGCUUGGAUGAUCAUGCUGGAAAUUUGCAGUGGCGGGAGAAUGUUGAAGACAAGAACCUUGCUGUCGAGAAAAGAGGAUUGGAGGAUGUACAACAGUUUGAGAAGAAUGGGAAAGCCAAGCUUUGA